AGGUAUCAGUCGUUUUAAUUCUCCCUAGUUGUUCUCUCUGCACAGAGAAAAAGGAAAAAAAAAAAUAAUAACUUAACUAGUUGAUUGAUAUUUGAUGCUACAUAAACAAGAAGUUAAGCUACAGAUCUAGAAAGAGAAAUAAAUUUAAGGUAUAUGGAGAUACACACACGUGGAGAGAGAGAGGUGGUAUAGCAUCGAGGGUAGAAAAGGUUGGUUUUUUCUACGACCCAGAAAACCCUAGCUCUUUGUGCAUUGUUGAAAUCUGGAUCAUUUAUAGAGUGAACCCAUCUUCUAAUUUACUUGGAAGUGUGCUCCAGAUCUGGGAACAGUACCAUUUGUUCUUGUUUUGCAGGUUUUGAGUAAAAGAGAGAUUUUUUAUAGAGAAAAGCAUAGAUGCUUUUUUGAUACGUUACAGCGUGGAAGGCAGAAAAGAAGGAAACUUUGUAUGGUCUUGGAUCCUCACGAGUCAUUUUCCGUGGUUACUUGCGUAGAUUUGAGCUGGAGUGGUUGGGGGUGCCUGGAGGCGUCACUAUGUCGUCCUUGAGUAGGGAACUGGUUUUCUUAAUCCUGCAGUUCUUGGACGAAGAGAAGUUCAAGGAGACAGUACAUAAGUUGGAGCAAGAAUCUGGUUUCUUCUUCAAUAUGAAGUACUUUGAGGACCAAAUUCAAGCAGGUGAAUGGGACGAAGUUGAACGCUAUUUAAGUGGGUUCACCAAGGUCGAGGAUAACCGCUAUUCGAUGAAAAUUUUCUUUGAGAUAAGAAAGCAAAAAUAUCUUGAAGCUCUUGAUAGACAAGACCGAGCGAAAGCUGUUGAGAUUCUUGUGAAGGAUCUCAAGGUGUUUGCAUCUUUCAAUGAAGAUCUUUUUAAGGAGAUUACCCAGCUUCUAACUCUUGACAAUUUUAGGCAGAAUGAGCAGCUCUCCAAAUACGGGGACACAAAGUCAGCACGAAAUAUUAUGCUGGUUGAAUUGAAAAAGCUUAUAGAAGCAAAUCCGUUAUUUCGUGACAAGCUCGCCUUGCCUUCUUUCAAAGCAUCACGCUUGAGGACAUUGAUCAAUCAAAGUCUAAACUGGCAGCAUCAACUUUGCAAGAAUCCGCGUCCAAACCCAGAUAUAAAAACACUUUUUACCGAUCACACUUGUGCUUCUAGUAAUGGCACACGUGCUCCUACUCCUGCUAAUAACCCUCUUGCUGGGCCAAUUCCAAAGCCUGUUGUUUUUCCUCCUCUUGGAGCUCACGGUCCAUUCCAGCCAAUUCCUCCUCCAAGUGCCAUGGCAGGUUGGAUGUCGAGUGCCACCCCUUCAAUUCCUCAUGCAGCUGUUGCUGCAGGUCCUCCUGGUCUUGUUCAUGCUUCUAGCUCUGCUGCAUUUCUGAAACAUCCGAGGACUCCACCAGGUGGUCCUGGAUUGGAUUAUCAAACUGCUGAUUCGGAACAUUUAAUGAAACGCAUUCGCACUGGCCAAUCAGAUGAUGUGUCCUUUCCUGGUUCGUCUCAUCCUCCUAAUAUUUAUUCACCAGACGACCUUCCUAAAACUGUUGUACGGAACCUUAGCCAAGGAUCUAAUGUUAUGAGCAUGGACUUCCAUCCUCAACAACAGACUGUUCUUCUAGUUGGAACAAAUGUUGGUGACAUUAGCAUUUGGGAAGUUGGUUCCCGAGAAAGAUUAGCUCUGAAAAACUUCAAGGUUUGGGAUAUAUCAGCUUGUUCAAUGCCAUUCCAAGUGAGUAUUUACUUAAAACUUCAAGUUAAUGAUACUGUUGUAGCUGGCAUUCAUGGUGGAGGUCACACAGGAAGAAAAAGUUCACAGUUUAGAAUUGACUGGCUGUGGAUAAAAGUUGCAGUUGCUGAAUGUAGAUUGAUAUUUCAUUGGGGCCAGAUUUAUGCCAACAGUCGGCCUUUCCACAAUUCUGUAAUGCCAGUGGUUUCUUCAUGUAAAAUUGUGGCUUCUAUGCCUGUUAACCGAGCGAGUAGCUUCUUAUUUCUUCUUUUAAUGUCAAGCUUUUGCUGCUCAUGGCUUAGUCGGUUUUGUGACUUCUGUCCUCUGGAGAAAAUUCUUUAUUCUCUAGUUCUGAUAAUAUUACCUUUGUUGCCUGGUAUCACUUGUCAUAAUCCAUUCAGACUAUUCUCUUGUGGAACAAGCAAAGAAGGCGAAUCCCACCUUGUUGAGUGGAAUGAGAGUGAAGGAGCCAUCAAGAGGACAUAUUCUGGUUUUCGGAAACGUUCUUUAGGUGUUGUACAAUUUGACACAACAAGAAAUCGUUUCUUAGCUGCUGGCGACGAAUUUCAGAUAAAGUUUUGGGAGAUGGACAAUACCAGCAUGCUUACUUUCACUGAUGCUGAUGGUGGAUUGCCUGCAAGCCCCAGAUUAAGAUUUAAUAAGGAAGGGUCGCUUCUGGCCAUUACAACUAGUGAUAAUGGAAUUAAGAUCUUAGCAAAUAAUGAUGGGCAACGCAUGCUGAGAAUGCUAGAGAACAGAGCAUUUGAUGGAGCUCGAGGUCUUUCAGAAUCAGUCAAUGUCAAACCUUUGAUUGCUGGUGGUUUAGGUCCAAUCCCUAAUGCUUCUGCCUCUGUUGCUCCAAUACUGGAACAUACUGAUAGAAUUCAACAACCCGCGUCCCUUGGCAAUCUGGCUACCAUGGAAAGCAGCAGAGUUGCUGAUGUAAAACCAAGGAUUUCUGAUAAUGUUGACAAAAUCAAAAGCUGGAAGUUUCCUGAUAUAGCCGAUCCGUCUCAACUCAAGACUCUGAAGUUGCCUGAUCCUCUGACAGCUAGCAAAGUUGUACGGUUGCUCUACACAAAUUCUGGACUAGCUUUAUUAGCUCUGGCUUCCAAUGCCGUUCAUAAGCUCUGGAAGUGGCAGCGCAAUGAACGCAAUCCAUCUGGGAAGUCUACUGCAUCCAGUGUGCCCCAGUUGUGGCAGCCUACUAGUGGGGGUCUCAUGUCUAAUGACUUAAGUGAUGCUAAACCAGCUGAAGAGUCAGUUGCUUGUAUUGCCUUAUCUAAAAAUGAUUCUUAUGUCAUGUCUGCUUCGGGUGGGAAGGUCUCCUUGUUCAAUAUGAUGACCUUCAAGGUCAUGACGACUUUCAUGCCACCGCCCCCUGCUGCCACCUAUCUUGCGUUUCAUCCUCAGGAUAACAAUAUUAUUGCUAUUGGAAUGGAGGACUCCACUAUACAAAUAUACAAUGUGAGGGUUGAUGAGGUUAAGAUCAAGCUCAAGGGUCAUCAGAAGCGAAUAUCAGGGCUUGCUUUUUCUCAGAGUCUGAAUGUAUUGGUAUCAUCUGGAGCUGAUGCUCAGCUCUAUGUCUGGAAUAUUGAUGGGUGGGAGAAGAAGAAAUCGCGGCCCAUACAAGCGCCCCCUGCUCUCCAAACUCCUCUGGUUGGAGAAACUAGAGUUCAGUUUCAUAAUAAUCAAUCUCAUCUGCUAGUUGUUCAUGAAAGCCAAAUUGCAGUUUAUGAUACUCAACUUGAAUGCUUGCGUUCGGUGAGCAUCUAACUCCUCACUCUUAUAUUUCUGGGAAAAUGUUGUCAACCACUUUUGAUGAUCUAAUCACUGGAAAUUCUUGGCUGUGAAGACUUCAUCAUUAUAUUCUUGACUCUAGUUUGUCAUCACAAUUAACUUUAGUUUUUACAUCAACUCUCUCUUUAGCAUAUAAAAGGUUUUCUGUGAUUAUUUUCUUUGUUUUGUGGUUUAUAGAUUCUGAGAUACGAAAUUUUAACGAUCAAUGGACUAUUUCUAACAUUUAUUGGAAAUAGUAGAGGAACUACAAAUCCACAAAAAUGCAUUUCUUUCCAUUUGAUCUGAGAACAAAUUAGGGUGUGUUUGAUAGGGUGGGAAUGGAAUUGGAAGAUGGAAUUGGAAUUGAAUUUUUCAA